AUGUUAGUCAAGUCUUUGAAUGCAGGAGAUCAUUUGAAACACCUCCAAGAGACUUUCGACAUCCUAAGGAAGCAUAACAUGAAACUCAACCCGAAGAAAUGCGCGUUCGGGGUUGGUUCCGGUAAAUUCUUAUGGUUCCUAGUCUCGCAAAAAGGUACCGAGGUAAAUCCUGUUAAAAUCAAAGCUAUCGAAGAUAUUCUAGACCAAUUGAUAAGUGUGAAGAAAGUACAAAGGCUGAACAGAAGAGGCAGUGCUGGUGUCGGAAACGACAUUGGAGUUUGGAACUUGUUUAUGGAUGGAUCUUCCAAUGUAAAAGGGUUCGGUCUCAGGAUAGUUCUAAUCGCACCCUUGGGGGAAACCCUGAGGCAGGCCAUUAAAAUUGUUCUGUUAACUAACAAUGAAGCCGAGUAUGAAGCUUUGGUUGCAGAACUUGAACUAGCCUUGUGGCUAUGCUCUGAGGUCAUUAAGAUAAAAUGUGAUUCCCAGAUGGUAGUAAACCAAGUGUAUGGGAUUUUCGACACGAAGGAAGAACGCAUACAAUAG